AUGAGUGGUAUCGAUGCCUCUGUUAGGGUUAAUAUGGUCGGCGUUGGCCAGGAUGGCGACAUAGAACUAGACCUACCUUCUGCAAUAAAGGAUGAGAACUCUAUACAACUCAGCGAUGCCCCUCCCUAUAGCGAUAGUGGGCUCGGAACCGCAAAACGCGUAGAGCCCACCAAAACCGCAGAAACCGCAGAAACCGCAUAUGGAAUUGAUGCUGUAGAUCCAGCACUCGAGCCCUGUCCUAAAUUGUCGCCGCUGGGUGGGGUUUGCCCUGAACGCGACUCUGGCUGGUUGUCGCAGACUUUCUACACGUGGAUGACCCCUAUGAUCCGUUAUGGGCGCGCAAACACACUGGAGGAAGACCAUAUAUGGAAGCUGGCUGAGCCCGAGCGGUCCGAAAACUUGACAGCCGAGUUUCUGCAUCUGUAUCCAAAGUGA